AGCAGGGUUACCGCGCCCAUCUGUGCUCUCUGAUGGCCGGAGGAAGCGACUGACAGUGCUGAGAGAAAGAAAGCCUAGGAGAACGACAGAGUGGGAAAGAUAAGAAGGCAAAUCACUUUGAAAGGGGCUGGAUAAAGACUGCUCGUCGGAGAUACAAUCUCGAAGAACUCUGUUUUCAUACCAUUUUAGCACAUUUGUGUGUUUGCUGCGGUGAACCCUGUCCUAUCCCUACGCCUCUCUGCCGGUGUCUUCCCAUUUGGCGUAUCGAAAGCAGGGUUCGGGGAGUGCCGCUCUUCGAUAGCUUGUUGGCUAAAUCUCUGAGCUGGUUGGAGAGAAGGGGAUUCGAGCUUCGCUGUUUCCAGUCAAUGCGAUAUAAACAACGGAUACCCACGACUGAGAACGGAUCAGUGUGUUUCCCAGAGCGAGGCCGGAGAGAAGCACACACACACACUAGGAGUGGAAAAUGAGCGAACUGGACCAGCUACGCCAGGAGGCUGAGCAGCUCAAGAACCAGAUCCGGGAUGCCAGGAAAGCUUGUGCCGAUGCCACCCUAUCCCAGAUCACAGCCAACAUUGACCCUGUGGGGCGGAUCCAGAUGCGCACCAGGAGGACGCUGAGGGGUCACCUGGCCAAGAUCUACGCCAUGCACUGGGGGACCGACUCCAGGCUUCUAGUCAGUGCAUCCCAGGAUGGCAAGCUCAUUAUUUGGGACAGCUACACCACAAACAAGGUCCAUGCCAUUCCUCUGCGCUCCUCGUGGGUGAUGACGUGUGCGUAUGCCCCCUCUGGUAACUAUGUGGCCUGCGGAGGUCUGGACAACAUCUGCUCCAUCUACAACCUCAAGACCCGCGAAGGCAACGUCCGCGUCAGCCGCGAGCUGGCCGGACACACAGGGUACCUUUCCUGUUGUCGUUUCCUGGAUGACAACCAGAUUGUCACCAGCUCUGGAGACACCAGCUGUGCUCUGUGGGACAUAGAGACUGGGCAGCAGACGACCACCUUCGCGGGCCACAGCGGUGACGUGAUGAGCCUGUCUCUGGCUCCAGACACACGCACCUUCGUGUCGGGGGCCUGUGACGCCUCCGCCAAGCUCUGGGAUGUCAGAGAAGGCAUGUGCCGGCAGACCUUCACCGGCCACGAGUCCGACAUCAAUGCCAUCUGCUUCUUCCCCAACGGGAACGCGUUUGCCACAGGCUCGGACGACGCCACCUGCAGGCUGUUUGACCUGCGCGCGGACCAGGAGAUGAUGGUCUACUCCCACGACAACAUCAUCUGCGGCAUCACCUCCGUGGCCUUCUCCAAGAGCGGCCGCCUGCUGCUGGCCGGAUACGACGACUUCAACUGCAACGUCUGGGACUCCCUCAAGGCUGACCGUGCUGGAGUGCUGGCGGGUCACGAUAACCGCGUUAGCUGCUUGGGUGUGACUGAUGACGGCAUGGCAGUGGCCACAGGCUCCUGGGACAGUUUCCUCAAGAUUUGGAAUUAAAGCCAGCAGGUGGCCUCCGGACUCCAAAGUUGACUGGAAGACCAUUCCAUCAUCAAACAAAUCGUUCAGUUUUAUUGCAUAUCCAAUUUUCUCAAACACAGUGGAAGAAAAGAAAAAACAGAAAACCCCAUUCAUCCCCUCCACCCCCCCCUCCUCCCCCCAAACUAAACUCGGAAGGGCAGAAAUCAGACAAACUAAGAGCACAAACCUCGCCCCCCCCCACCCACCCCAACCCCGCGAGACGCAUGAGCCAGAUAGGGCGGGGCCACUCAAACAUGAUUGUCAUUCCUCUCGGGACCAUUCGGACCCGCCCCCCAAACACCACAUUGCCCCCCCACCCCCCCGAAACUCCACCCACUUCUCCGUUGGGUAGGUUUUUUUUGUUUUGUUUUUUUGUUUUUUUUGUUUAUUUGUUUGUUUUCCCAGCUGGUAGGCACACGGAGGCGCAGGAAUUAGUGUACCCAAGAAUCCCAAGAACUACGCAUCACACACACACACCCUGACGCCACAUCUCAUAUACACACACACCCCGACGCCACACACACACCCCGACACCACACACACACACCACCCAACGCCACAGCUCACACACACACACACACACCCCGACGCCACUGCUUUCUUUACUGUCAAACUAUAAUAGAGUUGAGCUGUCUGACACACACACACACACCGUGUCAUUUUGAAGCAGAUUUCUACAUUCAGUGGAUGGCCAGAUAGACACAAGGACGAUGUCAGCAGGGAGACCCCCGUUCUUCCUCCCUCCCUCUCUCUCUCUCUCUCUCUCUCUCUCUCUCUCUCUCGCUCGUGUAAAUGUUUGCCGUCUGUAGGAUCAUGUUGGAGAUCUUCACUAACCGAGCACAUGCUAGUCCCCCUCCCCCCCCCCCCCCCCAAGCCUUCCUGUUAGGGCUGAAGAGCUGACCUCCCCAGUCUCUCUCUCUCUCUCUCUCUCUCUCUCUCUCUCCCUCCCUCUCUCCCUCUCCCCCUCCCCCUUGUCAGUCUGGGUAUUGUAGUAUAAUGAGAGGAAGCUGAACCAUCAUUUAUUAAUUUAAUUUGUCUCUUUGUUUUUGCUCUUUUGUGGCGUCUUUGCCUGGAUCUGAGUUUGGACUGGUGUUGCGUGUGCGAGGGGGGAGGGGGGAGGGGGUGGGGCAUCAUUCCGGAUUUCCUUUUGGAACGCAGGCGUCGGCUCCGCCCCCUGUGGCAGAGCCCCGCCCCCGGUCUGCCUGAGAGAGACAUGUUGUAAAAAUCAAUGUUUGAAAAUAAUGAUAUGAAAACUUUUUAAGUUAAAAAUAAAAAAAAAAUGAUUUUGGUUGUCUGCCAUGGAUGGGUAACUGUUAGAAUCGCAUGCUGUAGAAUUGCUUCUAAGAGGUGCAGGUGGAACUAAGUCCUUUUGAUGUUUUUCUUUGAGAAGAUUACCUGUUGAGUAGACCACCUUUCUCACUAUGAUAUUUAUGUUCUUUUGGGUACUCUGUGCAGACCGACCGCAUUCAAGUCAACUGUCAAGCUAUGCACCGAGACAACACACACACUGAUCCUCAAACACACACACACUGAUCCUCAAACACACACACACUGAUCCUCAAACACACACACACUGAUC